UGUAUACCUAAUCCUUACCGGAAGUUUAAGGACGCAUAAGACUUCUCUGCGCAUGCGUAAAGGUCUCUUUUACUGUGGGGAUAAUGGCGGGUGAAACGGAAAAGAAGAAGGUUCCAUCAGUCCCCGAAAGCCUCUUGAAGAAGAGGAAACGCUAUGCCACGGUUAAGGCAAUGCGCCUGAAGGCCCACAAGGCUGAGAAGAAGGCACGCAGAGUCACCCGGAAACUCAUCUACAAGCGAGCUGAGUGCUACCACAAGGAGUACCGGGAGAUGUACAGGCGCGAGAUCCGCAUGCACAGAAUGGCUCGCAAAGCAGGCAAUUUCUAUGUCCCUGCUGAGCCCAAACUGGCAUUCGUGAUCAGGAUAAGAGGCAUCAAUGGCGUCAGCCCCAAAGUGCGCAAGGUGCUGCAGCUGCUGCGGCUCCGUCAGAUCUUCAACGGCGUCUUUGUCAAGCUCAACAAGGCUUCCAUUAACAUGCUCAGAAUCGCCGAGCCCUACAUUGCUUGGGGGUAUCCCAACCUGAAAUCUGUGCGUGAGCUGAUCUACAAGCGUGGAUACGGCAAGAUCAAUAAGCAGCGUAUCCCCCUGACAGACAACUCGCUCAUUGAGAAGAACCUUGGCAGGACCGGAAUCAUCUGUGUUGAAGAUCUCAUCCAUGAGAUCUACACUGUUGGGAAGAACUUUAAAUCUGCCAACAACUUCCUGUGGCCAUUCAAGCUCUCAUCUCCUCGUGGUGGCAUGAACAAGAAGACCACUCACUUUGUUGAGGGAGGAGAUGCUGGAAACCGGGAGGACCAGAUCAACCGACUCAUAAGGAGGAUGAACUAACAGCAAAUGGUGUACUUGGGACAUUUUUUUUUGUCUGACAAUAAAUAUCUUCUGAAAUUCAA